GGUAUCGUAAUUGAAAUGACGAAGCUAAUAUACAUCUUUAUCUUUAUCUUUUGGUAAAGUGUAGAAAGAAACGUCAGUGCUUGCCUUGAAAUGGAGCAUUGGAAAUCUUCGACUUAUAAUGUAGCUUUUUUUCUCCUCAUUACAUAUGCUUGAGAGCCGAGUCUACUGGCGAUAUAAAUAUGUCACGAAAACUUUAAAUUGUUAAGCCCCUUAAAAGGGAUUGUGUCUUGGGGCUCAAGAAUAUGCAAGAAGCUAUUAAUUCCUUUCUCCUUGUUAAAGAUGGAUGGACAGAUCAGAGUUUUUAAAAAGAGUUUUCCUGUUGCUUUAAAAGUUGAUAACAGCAAAUUAAACAAGAAUCCAGUUGAGGGAUUUUCAGCUGGUUUAAUUGAUGAAAAUGACAUUUUUAGAUGGGAAGUACUUAUUAUUGGCCCUCCGGAUACACUUUAUGAAGGUGGAUUUUUUAAGGCUCAUUUGUACUUCCCAAAAGAAUAUCCACUGCGUCCACCUCGAAUGAAGUUUGUUACAGAAAUAUGGCAUCCCAAUAUUGAGAAAAACGGUGAUGUUUGUAUUUCUAUACUACAUGAACCCGGAGACGACAAAUGGGGCUAUGAGAAGGCCUCCGAACGUUGGCUGCCCGUGCAUACGGUGGAAACAAUUUUGAUAUCAGUGAUAUCAAUGUUGGCAGAUCCAAAUGACGAAUCGCCAGCAAAUGUUGACGCUGCUAAGGAAUGGAGAGAAUCUUAUCCUGAAUUUAAAAGGAAAGUGGCACGUUGCGUAAGAAAGAGUCAGGAAGAAUGCUCGUAGAAGUCGUCACCUCUCGUAUUUGUAUAUUUAUAUUAACGAUUUGAUACAUAUAACAAACAUAAAAGCCAACUGAGAAAAAAAUACAGCCGUGUGAUUUCCUUUCCGUAUUCAACUUCGAUUUUGCUAAAAUGAAAAGAUAAUAUUACGAAUAAGAAAAUAUUUCAAUGCCUUAUUACAUAGUUUUCUCUAAAUCGCCAAGAUGUCCUCGUCUCCCUCAUCAUUUUAUUUAUUCCUUUAUUCGCAAAAAGAAAAAAAAAAA